CUUUGUAACGCAAUGGAUCGCCAAAUCACCGCUGUCCGUCCAGAACAUCGAUUUGACACUUAUAACCUGAAAAGAUAUCUGUCAGGGAAACUUGACAGCAUUUCAGGCAACAGCACUUUAACUCUGCAGCAGUACAGAGCUGGGCAAUCCAAUCCAACGUUUUACAUUGAGACUGCAGAUAAACGUUAUGUGCUCAGAAAGAAACCUCCAGGAGAGCUGCUGCCCGGAGCUCAUAAGAUAGAUAGAGAGUAUGCUGUUCAAAAGGCUCUGUAUUCUGUUGGCUUUCCGGUUCCUCAUCCUGUGCUGUACUGCACAGACACUCAUGUCAUUGGCACAGAGUUUUACAUCAUGGAACAUGUACAGGGACGUAUAUUCAGGGACUUGAGGCUCCCAGGGGUCAGUGCGGCAGAGCGGACAGCUCUGUAUGUGGCUGCAGUGGAGACGCUAGCCAAACUUCACUCCCUAGAUGUCCGUACACUUGAACUCUUGGGAUAUGGGAAGGGAACAGGUUAUUGUAAAAGACAGGUCUCCACAUGGACAAAGCAGUACAAAGCCUCUGCCCACAAAGAGAUACCAGCCAUGGAUAAACUUUCUGAUUGGCUAAGCCGCAACCUGCCAACCAAUGACAAUGAAGUGUCCCUUGUUCAUGGCGAUUUCCGAAUUGACAACCUGAUAUUCCACCCUACAGAGGCUCGUGUAUUGGCUGUACUGGACUGGGAACUGUCCACUACCGGACAGCCAAUAGCAGACUUGGCCUACUUUCUCAUGCCACACUACUGGCCAAGUCACUACAAAGUCAUCAGCACAAUGGGUGGAGUCACAGGAGUGAAAGGAAUUCCCUCUCCAGAUGACCUUAUCUCCAUUUACUGCCAUUGUCGAGGCAUCCCAAACUCUCUUCCCCAGCAAAACUUCUUCAUUGCCAUGGCUAUUUUCAAAAUGGCUGCAAUUGCACAGGGGAUACAUGCAAGGCAUUUGUUGGGCAAUGCCAGUUCUCUUAACGCAGCUGAGUUUGAAGAGAGUGUGGAGCCCUUAGCUGAGCUGGGUUUACAGAUCGCCCUUAGCUCCACGUUAGCUAUGCCGAUCUCUAAAGAGCUGUUCAUGCUGUCACCCAAAGGUCAGGCUGUCCUUCAGCAUGUGAAAGAGUUCAUGAGAAAGCAUGUACUUCCUGCCCAACAGGAAGUAAAAGAGUACUACGCCAAGCACAAAGACACACCUGAGAGAUGGCACACACCUGCUGUGAUAGAGGAGUUGAAGGCAAAAGCUCGAGCUGCAGGCCUGUGGAAUUUGUUUCUUCCGGCUGAGAGUGGCCUCUCUCAGCUGGAUUAUGCUCAUAUCGCAGAGGAGACCGGACACUGCUUCUACUCCCCCGAAGUCUUCAACUGCCAGGCCCCAGACACAGGCAAUAUGGAAGUUCUGCACCUGUUUGGCACUGAGGAACAGAAGAGGCUCUGGCUGGAGCCGUUACUAAGAGGAGACAUACGAUCAUGCUUCUGUAUGACAGAGCCGGAUGUUGCUUCAAGUGAUGCCACAAACAUGGAGUGCACCCUUCACAAAGACAAAGACCAUUUUAUCAUUAAUGGCAAAAAGUGGUGGAGCAGCGAAACUGUCCCCUGUAGAACAUUCCAGAUGGUUCUAGCUGUGGGCCUUUGUGGUUUCGAGGCCUUCUGAAUUAAGCAUCCUCAAAGCAUGACAAAGGACCAAAGGCCUGUUGUUCUCUGCAUCAUCACACCAAAUUAACUCCAUAAAGUCUGAACUGG